GUAGUCUUUGUCAACCUAUUUACCGCGUUCACUCGUACCAAACACCACCUGCCUGCCUCUCACUCACCUCCGUAUGUCCGCAUAUAGUCAUGCUGAUCGCUAUAUGCAUGUGAUAAUUUCAUUUUUUCUUUUCGCCAAAAUGUGGGCAGCUUACUGUUAAGUCUUCUCGAGUGCCUAGCUGACCUUUACCCAUGUUCAACCUAAAAUGGAUCAACGCAGUCGAAUGCCCAUACGAGCAAAGAUGAGAUUUUUUUGAUACCAAUAAGCUGCAUAACGUAGGUGUCUCACAAUUUAGAUUUACUCUGUAUCACCCACAUUAACGCAAACAGUUAUCGAUCAUUUCCGUGGCGAACUCGAAACGAGGUGCUAAAGGUACAGGCUGGGACGCUACAGCAUGGAGAGAGCAUCAUUCUUCGGAGGAAAGUAUCUCCUUGGGAAAGUAUGUCGGUGACGCACGGGAUUUAUGUGAGCUGUGUUGCAAGUGUAACAUAGAAAAUAGAACGUGUCAGAUUUGCAAAAUGGGUUGGCUCUCGUUAUCUUAUGAAGAAGGAUUGGAAAAGUCAUUUAUGUCAAUACUUUUCUAUUAGGCUAAUGCUGUUGAUGUAAGACUUUAUCCGACUACUAGUGACUAUACUUCCCCGGGGCUAAUCUUUACCCCUUGUAUUCUAUGCGAGACUCAGCAUUUGGGACUUUCCAACUUCCACGCCCUAGCUGCUGUUGAGACUCCAGUCGCAGCACUACCUUUCCCGAAUUUCUAGGCUACAUUACAAUACUGCCACUGCACAUACCAUGAAACUUUCGACAUUCCAACGCAGUCUUAAAUAUUCAGCCUUGGAGCCAGAAGAACGAGCAAAAGAUGAACGGGCACAAAGCCGAAACCCCGAAAUCAAAAACAAGUGGAAAAUUCCCAUGAUAUCUCUGACCGUUUUAUUAGCUGUUUUGGUCGGCUUCUUCCUCGGAAGAAUAUCAAUGAGGGUGCAAAAUGCCAGAGAUUUGUUAGGUACUUCGGCUAUCGCUCGAGAAGGUCGACCAUUACCAUGCUAACAUGUGAGCUGUAGAGCCAGCUGGCGAUCACGUCGAGACUUGGGUGUAUAAUAGAACAUUCUCAGACCCACCAAGCCAUCAAACUGAGUCGGCAUGGCGUUCGAUUUUUCCAAGUAUGUUUAAUAUGUUUAAUAUGAUACAUAUUCAAUGUCUCUAGUUUGGCUCUAACACGGGAUCACAGAAGGUCGUGGUUUUAUCCACCACCGAUCUUUAGCACCGAAUAUCUCUGGUAUAGCUGUGUUUCAUGAACUGCACUGUCUGGUAAGACGACACCAGCCAACAUUCCUCUUCCUGAUUCUCAUUCUCUCUUUGCCCACCACUCUCACAUACACAAAUUUUGUCUUACCCAAGCUUACAUUUAGCUCUUAGAACGGUAUCCGCCUUGCUUAUUAUGCUGCCUCGACAGAGAAACAGGAGAAAAGCGAAGUUGGCAGUAGUUCUAUAUCCGGAAACGCUCAUUCGGGCCACGAUGACCCUGCACACAUCCGUCACUGCUUCGACUAUCUGCGGCAUGCUCUGAUGUGCGCUGCUGAUACCAACCUCGAGCCUGUGGAUUGGAAGUAUGGUGGCGUCACUGGAUGGGGAUUUGAUAGAACCUGCCGAAGUUAUGAUGCUGUAGUGGCCUAUGCAGAGCAAUGGAGGACACAUUCCGAAGCAGAUAUCUCUUGAACACAUUUGAUAUCACUCCUCAUCCUUACGAGAGAUGAGACAAGUACCCAAAUCUGUUAUCAGUUUCCUACGUGUUGACUGAGAGAUCAAGUACAAGAACGAAUUAUCGUCAUAAUAAUAUAUGAGAAUUUACAUUUCUUUAACGGAGUGUCUAAU